AUGAGCCGAGUCCCUUUUAUCGACACUCUGAAGAUCCCCGCAGUCGCCGCGCCGAUGUUCCUGAUUUCGGGACCCAAGAUGGUGACCGAGAGCUGCAAGAGCGGCGUCGUCGGUACCUUCCCAGCGCUCAACCAGCGCACCACCGAGGGCUUCGGGGAUUGGUUGAAGGAGAUCGAAGACGAGCUCGAAGGCUGCCGUGCAGCAGGCGGCAAUCCGGCGCCCUACGGUGUCAACCUGAUAGUCCAUCGUUCCAAUCCUCGGCUGCAGGCUGAUCUCCAGAUCGUAGUCAAGCAUCAAGUGCCGCUGGUCAUCACUUCGCUGGGUGCGGUCUCCGAGCUGGUCGAGGCGGUGCACUCCUACGGUGGCCUGGUGUUCCACGACAUCACCAACCGGCGUCACGCCGAGAAGGCCGCCGCGGCCGGGGUCGACGGGUUGAUCUGCGUCGCCGCCGGCGCGGGUGGCCACGCCGGAACGCUCAAUCCAAUGCCCUUUCUGGCCGAGAUGCGCAGCUUCUUCGACGGCGUGCUCUUGUUGUCGGGCUGCAUGAGCAACGGCCGCGACAUCGCCUCGGCGAUGCAGAUGGGCGCCGAUCUGGCCUACCUCGGUACCCGCUUCAUCAACGUCGAGGAAAGUCGCGCUGAGGCUGCCUAUCGGCAGAUGAUCAUCGACAGCGGCACCGCCGAGAUCGUCUACACCGCGGCGGUGUCGGGUGUGCCGGCCAACUUCCUCCGCCCCAGCCUCGAAGCGAUGGGCAUCACCCAAGACAUGUGGCACAAGAAAGCCAAGAUCGACUUUGGCAAGGAGCUCGACGCCGCCGAGGCCGAGGCCAAAGCGUGGAAGACCUUGUGGUCCGCAGGCCAGGGCGUCGCGACCAUCGACGACGUGCUGCCGGUGGCCGAGUUGGUCAACCGGUUACACGGUGAGUUCCGUCAGGCGAUCAGUGAUCAGGCCGAGCUCCUGCAGCGAUUCUGA